AUGAAUUCUACGGAAGAUGAUUUGAAAAUAAGAAUUUUUAAUAAUUCCAAAAAUGACAAUAUUAAAUUGGAAUAUGAACAGGAAAUACACACCCGUUUAAAUGGGGAAUUUAAUGAAGUUUAUAACUUAAGUUUACAAACUUUAACGUUGUAUUGUGAUAGUCCAGAAUUUGAUAGAGAAAAAGGUUUUGGUUUUAAAAUAACAAUUUCUAUUUGUAUAAUAAUAAUUAUAAUUAAUAUUGGUUCAUCUAUAUUUGACGGUUAUCUAAAAUCUUUACAAUCUAUAGAAAAUGAUGAUAUAUAUUACAAACGUAUGCAUGCUAAUCAAGUUACCAGAUUUUUAACCUCAUUCUCUAUAUAUCGAAAUUUUUGCCGCCUCCUAACCCCCAAUAAAAGCGUUUCCGGUACAGAUCUAAGUUUUCUAGAUGGUUAUCGUUCGAUACUUUCAUUUCUUAUAGUUUAUGAACACACGUAUUAUUUACAGUUUGUGCAUUUAAGAAAUCCUCAAUUUUUUGAAAAUUUAUAUCAUCAAUAUUUUAUGAAAUUUAUGCUGCAUGGUAUGGUUAUUGUUGAGUUAUUUUUCGUAUUGAGUGGUUUAAUGCUUUAUGUAAAAAUGGAAAAUGGUCAGUAUAUUAGAAGGGAUACGAGGAUAAAAACUUGUUUUAAAAUUUAUGUUAAACUAUUGUUUUCAAGAUAUAUGAGAUACUUACCAUCUUUGGCAUUUUUAAUUUUAAUUAAUACCAAUAUUUUCCAAUAUCUGCAAACUGCUCCCUUUAGCAGAUUUAUAAUGGAAACGAAUUAUUAUCUUUGUAGUGAGUACUGGUGGAAAAGUUUAUUAAUGUUUAAUAAUUUCGGUAUUAAUGAUACGUGUUUAAAUCAUACUUGGUAUAUUGCGGCCGAUUUUCAAUUAUACGCAUUUUACCUGAUAGUGCUAAUAUUUACUUCAAAAUAUCCCAACUGUAAAUUAUGGACCUAUUUAAUUAUUGCAACUUUGUCAGCUUUUAUACCGGUUUUUAUAAAUUAUAAAUUAAAAUUAGAUUCCAUUGCCUUUAUGCGCCUGGAUUUUCGUUAUUUUUAUCUUAUUAAUAUUGAAACUGGUUCACACUUAUAUUUGCCCUCCUAUACAAAUUUACAUGGUUUUCUAAUAGGGAUUUUAUGUGGUGAAUUGUAUAUGAAAUAUUUGCGUAAAAAGCCAAAAGCUAAAAAAUCAUUGGCGAAGAUAUUGAAAUAUUCCCCGUAUAUAGGAUGGCCCUGUAUAUUCGGUAUAUUUUAUGUGGGCACUACAGUGUUGUGGCAAAAGCCCACUAUUUGGACGGCUCUUUAUGGUCUAUUGCAACGUCACACAGUGGUAUAG